AUGAGCUCACUAAAUAUCCCCCCUCUCGUUAAAGAAGAGGGGGAGAAGGAAGAAGAUGAUGUGAUAGUAAAACAAGAAGUAGAGGAUGAGGCUGUUACAGUGAAAGAAGAAGAGAAAGACGCAUUCAGAGUGGAAGAGGAUGUUACAUUGAAAGAAGAGGAAGAGAAAGAGGAGGAGGCAGUUUUUGGAGUGAAGAAGGAGAAAGAGGGAGAGAUAACGGUCAUAUUGACAGAGGAAUCAGGAGAUCUGAUUACCACCAGAGAGAGACCAGACUCUGACAGCGGGAAGAGUUCCUCAGAGGAAACAGACCCAGAGACGCCUAACCAACACCACUGCUCCCACUGUGGAAAGAGUUUUAGAUGGUCAGGGAGCCUGAAAAUGCAUGAGAGAAUACACACAGGAGAAAAGCCGUAUCACUGUUCUCACUGUGGAAAGAGUUUUAGGUUGUCAAGUAGUCUGAAAAUGCAUGAGAGAAUACACACAGGAGAAACGCCGUAUCACUGUUCUCACUGUGGAAAGAGUUUUAGGAUGUCAGGGAGUCUGAAAACGCACGAGAGAAUACACACAGGAGAAAAGCCGUAUCACUGUUCUCACUGUGGAAAGAGUUUUACUCAGUUAGGGGCCCUGGUUGGGCAUGAGAGAAUACACACAGGAGAAAAGCCCUACCACUGUUCUCACUGUGGAAAGGGUUUUAGGAUGUCAGGGAGUCUGAAAACGCAUGAGAGAAUACACACAGGAGAGAAGCCGUAUCACUGUUCCCACUGUGGAAAGAAUUUUACUCAGUUAGGGGCCCUGGUUGGGCAUGAGAGAAUACACACAGAAGAAGAGCCAUAUCACUGUUCUCACUGUGGAAAGGGUUUUACGUGGUCAGGGAGUCUGAAAACGCACGAGAGAAAACACACAAGAGAAAAGCCUUUCCAACACACUAAUACACAGGAGGAGACAACAUACCACUGCUCUCAUUGUGAAAAGACAUUUUCCCAGUCAGAGGACCUGAAAACACACGAGAGAAUAGAGAGGCUGUGUUCUGACUUGUGUUUCUGACUGAGAAUUUGUCCACGGCCAGGAUUCACAGGACCAGGGUGUCCGCUAUGGACACCUGGAAGAAAUCAGCAGCGGACAUUUCUGAAGGUUUAUCCAACAGACCUAUACAUCCAUGAAUGGGUCUCUAUAAUGUGUAACUAUUUCUGAAGGUUUAUCCAACAGACCUGUACCACCAUGAAUGGAUCUAUAAUGUGUAACUAUUUCUGAAGGUUUAUCCAACAGACCUGUACAUCCAUGAAUAGAUCUAUAAUGUGUAACUAUUUCUGAAGGUUUAUCCAACAGACCUGUACAACCAUGAAUGGGCCUCUAUAAUGUGUAACUAUUUCUGAAUGUUUAUCCAACAGACCUGUACAUCCAGGAAUGGGUCUCUAUAAUGUGUAACUAUUUCUGCUGUAUUGUGAUGUAUUGUUUAAUAGAGGUACUAUGUUAGGUAUAUUUAUCUGUGGUUUUAUUUCAACAGAUUCUACUGAUGCUAUUAGAUUGUACUAUGUUAGGUAUAUUUAUCUGUGGUUUUAUUUCAACAGAUUUUACUGAUGCUAUUAGAUUGCUGGGUGGGGGGAGUUUUAUAUAUACAGAGACUUCAGAAAGUUUUCACACCCCUUGACUGGUCCCACAUGUUGUUGUGUUACAUCCUGAAUUUAAAAUGUAUUUUUAUUUCACCUUUAUUUAACCAGGUAGACUAGUUGAGAAGAAGUUCUCAUUUGCAAUGACACAUACAACAACACAGAGUUACACAUGGAAUAACCAAACAUAAAAUCAAUUAUACAGUAGAAAAAUCUAUAUAGAGCAUGUGCAAAUAAGGUAGGAUAAGAGAGGUUAGGCAAUAAAUAGACCAUGGUGGCGAAGUAAUUACAAUAUAGCAAUUAAACACUGGAAUGGUAGGGAAUGUGAAUAGCAGAAGAUAAAUGUGCAAGUAGAGAUACUGGGGUUAAAUGGAUUCAAUACCCCAUAAUGUCAAAGUGGAAUUACGUUUUUGGAAAUGUUUACAAAUGUAAUUAAAAGCCUAAAUAAGUUCA